AUGCGCUUGACUCUUUUUCUCACUGCGUCGGUUGCUAUCUCGCAUGUAGCAGCUGCUGCGACUCAAAACUAUGCGCUUGCAUUCCAAACUUCCAUUCGCUGGUUUGAAGCUCAAACUAGUGGUGUUAAACCAUCCUGGUCUACCAUCUCCUGGAGAGGUGAUUCCGCUUUGUUAGACGGAAAAGACCAUGGACUUGACUUGACUGGAGGAUGGUACGAUGCCGGUGACCAUGUUAAGUUUGGCUUGCCUAUGGCUUAUACUACCACUAUGUUGGCUUGGGGUAUGAUUGAAUAUGGAUCCACAUACGACAAGCUAGGUCAAACAACAUAUUUCCUCAAUAACCUGAGGGUUGCCUUGGACUACUUCAUCAAGGCCCAUCCUUCUGACAAUGUCUUUUACGGCCAAGUCGGAGAUGGCUCUGCUGAUCAUGCUUUCUGGGGAGCUCCAGAAAAUUUGGAUCAAGUCUUUGGAAACCGCCCUACCUAUGCUAUCAACACCACCUGCCCUGGUUCUGAACUGGCUGGUGAGACUGCUGCUGCCAUGGCUGCUGCUUCCAUUCUCUUCAAGUCGAGCGAUCCUACCUAUUCUGCCACUCUUCUCGCUCAUGCCAAGACUCUUUACAACUUUGCUGACCAGUACAGAGGAAAAUAUGACUCCUGUAUUCCUGCUAGUGGAUUCUAUACCAGUUUCUCUGGAUACAAUGAUGAACUUGCUUGGGGUGCCAUGUGGUUGUACAAGGCCACAAAUGACACUACCUAUUCUACAAAGGCACUGGCAGCUUAUGCUACUUUGAGCACAGUACAAGGUUCAUCCAAUCAUUCAUUCGCUUGGACUACCUCUUGGGACGACAAGUCAUACGCAUGCUACGUCUUGGGUGCAAAGUUGUUUGGAGACUCUGUUGGUAACGCUACCUUUGCUUUGGAUGCUCAGCGAAAUCUUGACUGGUGGACUGUUGGUGUCGGCUCCAGCAAAGUCACUUAUAGCCCUGGAGGUCAAGCUUGGUUGGAUACCUGGGGAAGCACCCGCUAUGCUUCUACUGCUUCAUUCUUGGCCUUGGUGUAUGCUGAUCACCUUGGUACCUCACAUCCACUCUACUCCAGAUACCACGAUUUUGCAAAGGGUCAAAUUGAUUAUAUUUUGGGAAAUAAUCCUCGCAGCUGCAGUUAUCUCGUAGGCUAUGGAAGUUGCUAUCCACAAACUCCUCAUCAUCGCGGUUCCCAUGGUUCAUGGACUAACUCUUUGACCAGCCCAACCUAUCAAAGACACAUUGUGUAUGGCGCUCUAGUUGGAGGUCCAGGCAGUGCUAACGAUCAAUUCACUGACGAUCGUUCAGCCUAUGGCACCAACGAGCCUGGAUGUGAUUAUGUAUCGGCUUUUGUUGCAUCUGCUGCUCGUCUUGCUCAAGAAUAUGGCGGUACAACUGCAACUUCGUUCCCUGAUAAGCCGCUAGAUGACUAUGAGCUUUCGGUCAAUGCGUCCAUCAACGCAGCCGGUACUGGGUUCACCGAAAUUGCAGCAUGGUUCAUUAACAAGAGUGGAUGGCCUGCCAGAGUCACCAAAGAUCUCGUAUUGCGAUAUUACUUUACCUUGGACGGUGCAACUACUCCUAGCCAGAUCUCAUACACCGUCAACUAUAACCAAUGCGGUGCUGGUGCUGUUACUGGCCCCUUCCUUGCCUAUGGAAAUGUGUAUUACAUGAAUGUUUCUUGCGCAGGCGAUGCUAUCUAUCCUGGCGGCCAACAAUACUUCCAGCAGCAAAUACAAUUCCGAAUCGUUAGUGCAGGCACAUGGGACCCCACCAAUGACUGGUCCUAUCAAGGAUUAACCACAAGCAACCAGCGUGUUAGCUACAUCCCACUUUAUGAAGGUUCCAAUGUUGUCUACGGCAGUGCUCCCAACUCGACCAUCACCACCACGACAACAACCAGCUCUGGCCCUACUAGCACUACCGCUACUUCUACCACUACUACAAGCACGUCAGCUACACCUACUACCACUACUACCACCACUACAACAACUACUACAAAGACUACAACAUCCAAGACAUCUACUUCCGCCACAACUACUACUUCAAGCUCUGCUGGUUGUGCUACUCAUUGGGGACAGUGUGGUGGCUCUGGCUGGAACGGACCCACCUGUUGCGAAUCUGGAACUACAUGCCAAGUAUCCAACCCUUACUACUCGCAAUGUCUUUAA